GUAUUUAGAGUUUAUGACAUGCAAAAAUCUGGACAAAUAGCAAUGAAAAUGUAAUUAACAACAAAUUAUUUAUUUACAUUGUUAGCAUUUUUUUCCCUUCAAAACCAAAGAGCCACACGUGACUCCAGAGCCUCAGGUUGCAGAUAUCUAGCCAUAUCUUAGCCAAAACAAAUGAGCUCAUUUCAUGCAAAUGUGUGUCUUGUUGGUGUUAGUGAUGCUUUGUUUUUGGUGCAUAAACAGAAACCAGUUGUGCUGGUUGUGUCUGCAGCAGUUAGUCAUGGGUGAAUGGAGGGGAUGGAUCAGCAGCACUAUAACAUACUCCAUUAACUUAUACUUAUUUUUUAUUAAUUUUUUUUUAUUUUUUGUUUGUUUGCAAAAACAAUUUUUAUAUGUUAAGUAGCACAUAGAUUCAAUUUAUUUAUUUUUUUUUAUAUUAAAAAAAUAGAAAAUGUCAUUUAAAAAUAACUAUUUAUUUACUUAUUUUAUUUUCUUACUAGAUCCAUGUGUGAAAAAUGUGACUAGAACUCGUGUGUGAUGAUGUCAGUUCUGUUCAGGGUGAACUGUGGAGCCGCCUGCAGUCUCGGACGAUCGGAACCGAGGGAGGCGGGCAGGAGGAGGAACCACCAUGUGAGGCUAACGGCUCCUCUGAGGUCGCCUGUGGCCCAGAAACGGGGUUCCGAUGGAGCCCUAAGCCUUGGUGCGGACUCGGACCCAGCUGGUCGGAACUCAAGCGAUGAUCCGUCGCGUUCGCUGCUGAGGACCGAGAACCGAACCGACGUCGCGGCUCCGCGCCGUCGUCUGUUAGCGACUUUUCUGUCCAGGAGGAUGAGCGCGGCGGCGGGAUGACGGCAGGAUGGCGAGCGGGGCUGGGAAACACAAACUGCUGGUGAUUGGACCUACAGAACCAUGGACUGUGAGGGAGAAGCUGUGUUUGGCCACUUCUGUCAUGAAGAGUGGAGACCAGAACUGGGUUUCCGUCAGUCGAGCCAUCAAACCGUUCGCAGAACCCGGUCGACCACCUGACUGGUUCUCUCAGAAGCACUGCGCCUCCAAAUACUCGGAGCUCCUGGAAACAACCGAGGCCCCAAAGAGGAAGCGCGGUGAGAAAGGCGAGGUGGUGGAGACGAUUGAGGAUGUGAUCGUGCGCAGGCUGACGGCUGAGAGGAUCGAAGAGCUCAAGAGGUUCAUCAAAGAAACACAGGAAAAGCACAGGGAGCUAAAGAGGGAAGCCGAGCUUAUCCAGGCAGGACAUCUGGAUUCCAAACUGGAGGAGCUGUGGCAAGAAAUUCUACGGAAAAAGAAGCAGGAGGAGGAAGAGGCCGAGCUGAAAAGAAAAAACACAGAUGCUGCAUUUCAGGCCAGACAGGUGGCAAAGAACAUGCCGAAGCGGACGCCCAGUGUCACCAUGAACUCCCCCUCGGCCUGUGGAUCCCCAAGCCAGGAGUUCCCCCCAGGGGACCCAGCUGAGCCCCUGAGCCUGGAGGCUGGAUCCACUAAUAAGGCUUCAGUCAGGUUUAUGGCUCUUGCUGAGACCUCCGGACCUGAGAGCGACCUCCUCGUCCAGGGCGAUCUCCUGGACGCUCAGAAGCAGCUCUUCAGCCAGAAAGCCACACCGUCACCUUCUCCGCUCCUGUCGGAGUUACUGAAGAAAGGAAACAUCUUGGCUACUAAUUCCAGACUGGUUGUGGAGGGCAAUAUGUCUGCAGGUCACAUGACCGGAUCACAUGACCCACAGCUGACUCCAUCCUGUCCACCUCUCUCCCAGGCUACAGGGGCUCCGAUGUUGUCCCGCCUCCUGGAGGCAGGCCCCUCCCAGUUCUCCCCUUCAGACGGUUUCAUGGCGAGUGCAGGAUCUGCUUGCAGUGCUGCUGCAAGCCCCGAUCCUCUCAACUGUUCCAUCUCAGCAAGUUCAGAGGCUGAUGUGGCGCCGCCGUCCUGCCACGCCGUCCCUGGACAGCAGACGGGUGCAGAGGUCAGUGAGGAGGAUGUGACCCUGUCCUACCUGGGCGAUGAACUGGACAUGAAGACAGUGGGGGACAUCAUCGCCAUCAUUGAAGAAAAGGCAGACGAGGCUGCAGAGGCUUUGGACGCAGCAGCAGUCGAGGCUGCCCUGUCCCUCUGUGAGGAGAACGGCCAUGCCCUGCCUGCAGGCUGGGACUCUGGCCCCUUUCAGCCCAGAGAGUCCCAAACCGCAGCGACAACCGCAGCGCUGCAGCCCUCGUCUCUCUACUGCAGCAUGGAGGCGGGCUCGGAGGCCUCACUAAUCUGCAACAGUCAAAACAACCGUCUGGCCGGGUUCCCCUUAGAGCUGCGGAGCCCUCCUCCGGUCCCUUUAUCCUCGUGCGACUCAAAGACUUUGGAGCACUGCCAGAGUUCCCCCUCCAUCCAUUCUGAGGCAGAGACUGCAGAGCGGAGGGACACAAAGGAACUGGUACCAGUGGAUGGUACUGCUUUAAAAUGUGAAAGUUAUAGCGAGGCACAGAAAGGACCGGAAAAUGACGACAGAGACUAUGAAAAAGAAGAGAGCCCCUCUGUGAAAGGACAGCACAAGUCCCAGGAGCUAGAGGAUAGAAAUGAUGCUAGAAAUGAGGAAAAUCCUCCAGAGACUAAAGCAGACAGCAGUGCGGAGGAGCCAGAGGUAUGUGGAGAAGAAGAGGGUUAUGGGAUUGAGGGGUUCUUAUCAGAACCAGAUGGGGAAUUGGAGCUCCCACCUGCAGCUAGCGAGAGUGAGGAUGGAUGCAGCCUCCACACUGCGUCCUCAUCUCUGCAGCUCCACGCAGUCGCAGACUCCAUCCCCAGCAGCCCCGCAUCGUCACAGUUCUCUGUGUGCAGCGAGGAUCUGGAAGCCCUGCAGGCUCACAGGAUCUGGAAGAAAGCAAUUAUGCUUGUGUGGCGUGCAGCUGCCAAUCACAGGUAUGCAAAUGUCUUCCUGCAGCCUGUAACGGAUGAAAUCGCACCUGGAUAUCAUAGGAUCGUCCACAGACCCAUGGACCUGGCCACCCUAAAAAAGAACAUUGAGACCGGUUUGAUCCGGACCACGGCGGAGUUCCAGAGGGACAUCAUGCUGAUGUUCCAGAACGCUGUCAUGUACAACGGCCUGGAUCACGACGUGUACCACAUGGCUCUGGAGAUGCAGCGUGACGUCAUGGAGCAGAUCCAACAGUUUCUGGCCACCCAGCUCAUCAUGGAGACUUCUGAGUCUGGUAUCAGCUCCAAGAGCUUGAGAGGCCGAGAGAGUACGCACAAACAGGACUCCACUGACAAGGAUACCGUGUCCAUGUCCUCACCUGCCUUCCUCCUAUCUCUUUUUGAUGGAGGCACCAGGGGGCGCCGUAGUGCCAUACAAGCUGAUCUCAAGAUGAAGAAAUGAGUUUCUGCCUGAUAUUUUUUGUCCCUCUCUCAUACCCCCCUCUGCACAACAGAGCUUUCACCCUGCUCUCUAUAUUGACUUAAAGCCUGUGAUGAUGAGAGCCUCAUUACCUGAGAGACAGUCGCCCACAGGUGUGGAUUACACGUCUAAUCCUCAGAUUACUGCUGGCAGUCUUUGUGAGUUGCUCCAACUUUUCCUAAAUGAAACUGCAGGCCCCUCUGACUAACCAGGCAGCACACUAAAGUUUGGACUCAUCGACUCGUGCUGGAGAUGUGCCCAAACUCUCCACUUUUGCUGGAUUUGCUGACACUUAGUUUUUCCUCUUUUGAGCCUAAAACCACUGGGAGUGGUCACGUUUUAUUUCUGAGCACUUAUCUUCAUAUUUGGUGUUUAAACUAAUCAGUUUUGAUCAUAUUUACAUGAUGUUUUUAAAUAUGGAUGUAUCAUGUGAGCUCACUUGUUUUAGUCCUAACAAAGACAUUUUUGAAGUUCUGUUAGUGCUUUUGGAGAAACUGUGAUCAUUUUUUUUGUGAACUAAAGUAAUUGCAAGUACAAUAAAACUAUAAAGUGAUCCUUUAUAACAGCCAAAAUAUUAUAGUUUGUUGGUUAAUUUCUUUUUCGUUUAAGAAACUUUACAAAAUAUGUUUUCAGGUGUAGUUUUGGUGCCACAUCUUUGGAAUCGUUCUCAUAAAGUGCGAGAAUAUGAGGAGGAAGGAUAACUUUGUUGUUAUGUAAACAUGCCUCAUAAAUAUAACUGACUCAUAACUUUGAACCUGACCGAGGACUUUCCAGCUCGUGUUUGUUGCUUCUGUCAGCUGCCAUGUUCCUGUUUACAGUGUAAAUAGCUUUGAUCGGGUUCUCCUACAGGCUGUUCUGGUUCUGAGGAAUCCAGUAACGUAUUUUUUGUGUUGAAUAAUGAAAAGAAAAUAGAGAAAUAUGUUUGUUGGGGUCUCUCUUUACAUAAGCACAGAAACCUAGAUACAGCGUUGCUUUCAUGAAUCCUACCACUUUUGUAAAGAUGAUGGAGAGAAACACAAUAUUGGCCUUGGAAGCCUGGAAGAUUUUCUAAAUGCGACUUUAUAAAUGAGGACUACUUAUAGAUCACAGAUAAUUGAACCGUGUGACACUUGAGUGGUUUGCUUGAUAAAGAGUUAACAUGUUGAGCUCCAUCUUCUCAGUCCGACAAUAAGCUGUCAGAGCUGCAUGAACUAGCAUAGACGGAGACGAACCAGAGACGGCGAGAGUAAAGUUUUGGCAGGUUCUGGCAUGGUGAGGCACCGACGUCAAUCAGAUUUACAAACAUAUGAACCCUACAGAGUAACCUAUUCAGCUUUUAAUAGACAACAGUUAAAGUAUGUCGUUUAAAAUUUAAUUUCAACAUUUUCUUCUGUUUACACAGAGAAAAAAAAAAUCAAUAAAAUUGUUUUUAUUGACUUACUUUUACAGUUUUAAAAAUCUGUCUCAAUGAAUAUCACUCCCCAUGAUGUGUCUAAACAAAUUCAUGAGUUUAGACAUUUAUAAAAUGAUGCUAAACAAUUUUAUAUCUGGAUGGCUGCACUCGACUUGCUACCACUAAUUCUAUUAUUCUUUAGCCGCGGUGUCACAUUCUCUGUGCUCACCAGCACCAUCUGCCUUGAGGUCGGUGUACUGCGGCAUAUUUGUAAAGCAGAUAAAAAGACUAAAUAAGUCACAAAUUGGCACAGAUGUAAUCAGUCAGAUGGUGAAAAACAGAAAAAUUAAGUAAUUAAAAAUAAAGCGUCUUUUUUUAGGACAGAAAGACCGAAAUAAUACAGCGCUUACAUCAGUGUGUGCGGAACAGGGGAGGCUCAUAACUCCUAAAUUGGAUACUUUUUUACCAAAGAAACAUUGAAAACCCACACAGAAAAGGUAAUCAUAUAAUAGACAUAUCUGAAAAAUAUUUGUUUUUAAUAAUGAAAAGUAUAUUCAUCUUGUUUAUGCAUUUUCUAAGCUUUAUUGUGCAGGUGAGGCACAGGCUUACUGACUGCACGUCACUGAGUUUUGGUGAGUUUGGUGUGUUCCAUUGAUUCUGUUCUUGUUUGUGUACAUACGUAUUUUUAAAUUGACUUUUUUUCUGUUUUAGAAGUCUUAACUAAUUAAUUUCAAAGAGAUCACAAUCUUAAUAACGUUUAAACCAGAGUUUAAAACAAAUUCAUAUGACUUAACUAAAUAUGUAUAAACUUAUCUUACUGAUCCACAUGUGAAGCUUAUAAAAAAAUGAAAAAUAAAAAAUAAGAACCAAAGAGGCCAACACUGUUCUCUGGUUACAUCUUUAAUUUCGAAGACUUUUUUGGCUGAAAGCUCCAGUCCGCAGCGAUUCCUUCCACAACCCUGACUUUUUUUUUUAAUCACAGUAGAAAAUUGACAUGUUUUGCAGCUGGACAGUGCGUCACUGUUUCCACUCAUUUACAAUGAUACUGCAUGUUUUCACCAAGGUGUCUCCGCUAAAGAAACAAACAUGAAUUUAGCCAUGUGUUUUAGCAAGCAGCUGUAACAAGAACAAAGGGGAAUAUUAACACAUAAACGCAAUCAAUGAAGCUAGGUAUUCCAUGAAUAUGAGGACGGCUAAGGCAGUUUGGCAUGACAGCAGGUAAUGGAGGUAUUAAUGACCGCAUAAGGGAUGAGUGGAUGUAGAGAAUAACAUUUUAUAAAGUCAGCUUUCUAGUUUUAACAGCCAGAAUUCCACCCCCUUGACAUCUAUUUGUUUAGAUUUAAGAAGGAUAAUCUGCCUUUUUUCACAAGAAAUCUCCAAAAGUGGAAAAAAAAAAA